AGGGCCCUUCAGCGCCAGAUUGAGGAGCGAAGGCCCGAGGGCGGCGUCAACCGUCAAGCCGGGCCUUCUGGGAUUUCCGACGUACCGGAAGUGGAAAAUAUGCGGCGCUCACCCCAUAGAGACAAUAAGGUCUAGAGAGCCGCGUAAAAUAUAUAGCCGUCGCAGGUGUAUUCCAGUGGUUGGUCUGGUCUUUUUAUCUCUAUGGUUUCUGUUUAGAGCGGAAGGCCUUCACGAAACCGGAAGUAGAUGGCCUGAGCCCCGCCUCCCCCGAGCGUCGCCCGCUGCUAAGAUGGCGGCCUCCGCGAGGAAGCGGCCGAGGGCGACGGAAGACGCCGCCGCCGCGGAGCCCGAAGCGCGGCCGGGCCCUCCGCGGGCGACGAAGCGGCGGCUGCUGGUGAUCCUGGAGGGGGCGUCGCUGGAGACCGUGAAGGUUGGGAAAACGUAUGAAUUGUUGAACUGCGACAAGCAUAAAUCAUUGCUACAACGCAGUGGCCGGGACCCUGGAAGUGUUCGACCUGACAUCACCCAUCAAAGCCUCCUGAUGCUCAUGGACAGUCCUCUGAAUCGAGCUGGCCUUCUCCAGGUUUACAUCCAUACAGAGAAGAACGUCCUAAUUGAAGUCAACCCUCAGACGAGAAUCCCUCGAACUUUUGAUCGUUUCUGUGGCCUUAUGGUUCAACUCCUGCAUAAAUUCAGUGUCAGGGCUGCUGAUGGGCCUCAGAAGCUGUUAAAGGUGAUUAAAAACCCAGUGACGGAUCACCUUCCUGUGGGCUGCAUGAAGAUAGGCACGUCUUUUUCUGCCCCUACUGUGACAGAUGUUCGCGACUUGGUCCCUACUACAGAUCCUGUCGCUAUCAUUGUGGGAGCCUUUGCCCAUGGCUCGGUUAACGUGGACUAUGCAGAGAAGACUAUCUCGAUCAGCAACUAUCCGCUCUCUGCUGCCUUGACUUGUGCUAAGAUCACUACUGCUUUUGAGGAGAUGUGGGGAGUGGUGUGAAUUCCUUCAUGUGGAUUUUAUGCUAGCUCCUGGAUGUGGAGCAAAGUGUGUUGCAGGGUUCUACCUGUGGCAUCCCCUCCCUGUGGGAGUUCAAAGAGUCUCUUGUGACAAAUACAGACUUAAGAUUGAGAUAAAUCCAA